UGGAACAGCAUUUCUCUAUAGGCUAUAUACACAAAAUACACAUGGAUCCUUCCGUCAAAGAAUAUCAAGAAAUGUUUAAAAUCGAGAAACGAGGUCAUCAAGAUCUUGAUUUAGGCUUGACCCUUUUCCCACGUGGUACGACUUCAUCAGAGUUCAAUCUCAUCGAUUCUUUUAAAUCCAGCUCAUCGUCGACUUCUCAUCAUCAUCACAAUCAUCAAGAACAUUUGGAAGAUCCGAGAGUGUUCUCAUGCAACUAUUGUCAAAGAAAGUUCUAUAGCUCACAAGCACUAGGCGGUCACCAAAACGCUCAUAAACGCGAACGCACCUUAGCCAAACGCGGGAAGUACUACAAGAUGAGUCUCUCCUCCUCCCAUCCUUCCUCGGUGUUCGCGUUUGGACACGGUUCAGUCAGCAGAUUCGCAAGCAUGGCAUCGUUACCGUUACAUGGCUCGACUAGUAACAGAUCAACGCUAGGGAUUCAGGCUCAUUCAACGAUCCAUAAUCCCCUUUUAGGAAGACAAAGAGCGAGUUUAAGUCAUGUUUUCAAACAGAACCUUCACCAGAGACCGGCCAUCGGAAAGAUGCUGCCAGAGAAAUUUCACCUUGAAGAGGCCAGCAGUAAUAGCAGCAAGUUUACUGCUCUUGCGUUGGAGAGGAUUGGAUAUUUCAAGAACAAGCAAGAAGAUCAUAAUCAGUUUAGCAAGAUUGACUUGACUCUUAAGCUAUAAUCUCUUAUUGUCAUCGUCUUUUAGUCUUUAUUACUGUAACUUUCAAUUAUAUAAAUAUCUCUUGAUGCUUAUCUUUGCUUGAUACAAUGAUUAACUGCAGAAUGUGUAAAGAGUUUC